UACCUUCUCAUCCCUGUAUAUGAUGUAUCUAUAAUCUAAACUAAAACCAAAAGAAGACUUAAUAGUCGGCAAUAGAAGUUCAGAUAUGCGACUGUUGACAUAAGAUUACUCUCAACAAAAGGUUAUGCUUGUUUACAGACGGAACUACUUUUAUUAUAAUUACUUUUGACAAGUAUCACACCAAGACUUUGACGGAGAUGAAAGAAAAGAACAAAAUAUCCCUAAACAUUCGCGAGUUGACUCGGAGGACCCAGCAGCAAACGGAACGCCAGCAGAUGGCGCAUAACCCUCGGAAAGGGUCGGUAGCCGCGAUCCUUAAGCGAAGAUCUCGCAGGCGGUCCCUGAAACAGGGUCCCCCCAGCACCUCAUCCGGCACCGGACAGUACGAAGCCCGGAUGGUGGUCAAACGAAGUCAGCUAGGAAAAGCGGUGGACAGCCCACCCAGUACUGUCUCGAAGAAAUGGAAAUUUCGAUUAUGGGCUAAGAUUGCGAUCAUUCUCCGUGGUACCUGUGAAGAAUGCAUCACCAAAGGGAGACGGGCAGACCACAACCCGUUUUGUGUUCAGAUUGAGUCGUGCGACGCGGCGGACAGCACAGUGCAGUCCAACUCCGCGCAGGUAGACAAACUACGCUACAUCUUCUUCAACCCGGCACACUUCAAAGCCAACACUCAGAUGCGAAUGUCACACGAAGUGAAACAAAUAUUGACGAAACCACCCGAAAAACGAACAGAGGACGAAAUCCAUCACGCGAUGAUAGCACUACGAGGGUUAAAGCUGGUAGCGGAAUAUCCGGUUCGUAUGCAGCGGAAUCUGGCGCAGUAUGGUUACUUCAGCAGUUAUGGUCCAAGGCGGUUUGUGAUUAAAGAAAACAGGCGACCGGAAGGCUUUUAUUUCAUAAUUUACGGUAAAGUGUUGGUAGCUGUGCUGCAGGGCAGUGGCUAUGCGAAGACUGUGGUGGAGCUCACGGCAGAGCAUAGUUUUGGGGAGCUGGCAAUUAUAAAUGGAACCCGUCGCCAGUCAUCUGUUAUCACGAAGACAUAUACGGAGAUACUUGGUAUCUCAGACGAGGUUUAUGCAAAGAUAUUUAUGGUAGGAGGAGCCAAAAGUAUAAACGAUCCCGACCAGGAGAGGUUUCUUAGGUCACUCAACUUUUUACGCGGAUGGCCAAUCGAGUUAUUUGAGAAGUACGACCCGAAGAAUUUCACUUUUAGUUACUUCAGACGAAACACUGUGAUAGUACGAAACAGUAACUUUUCCGACUGGAUUUUUAUAGUUAAAUCGGGAUCGAUCACCGUACUGAAGAAGCUGAUAAAGGUCAGACACACACGAACGAAGUUUGCAGGUCGACCGCAGAAGGCGUUCUCGGACAGGUUACUGGCCUUUCAGAACAACGAGCUGGGCCGCGACUCGUGGAUCUUCGACAUGUCCCAGGCGGACGUGAGCUGCACGCUCACCAGCGACGACAGCGACGACGACGACGACGAUAAAUAUGACGAGGCGUCGUACGAGCGGAAACUGAGGAAUAGACCGCACACAUGUUAUUCGAGUCCCAGGGUUUUACCGGGUCCUGGCCGGAACCGCCGACCCAAUGUCCGGCUCACCCAGUCGGUAGCAGAUAACGUGAAGAAAACUCAAAGCCAACAGUUUGAAAAUAAACUGGAAGUAGUCGGUACGUCGUGGUCAGAUUUACCUCAUCUGAGAUCUAGCUACAUUACAGCACAAUCAAGUUUGACUGAAGGCGACUCUUCUAAAAAUAUUAGAACUCACAUUGAUGACAUUAAUCCUGCAUGUAACAUAAAGGAGUGUUUUGAGGCAGAAGCUGACAUGGAUCCCCAGUUUGUCAAUGUUCAGAGCCUAACAAAAGGGGACGCAUUUGGUCUACGUCAGAUUCUGUUUGACAGGCAGCCUAGUAUGUCCCUGGUGAGCAACGGUUCGGAGUGCAUGCUGUUAAACAAGAAGUUCUUUCUGGACAACUGUCCUCAGGAUCUCCUCCGGAGACUGAAGCGCGAGGUGCUGCCCUAUCCAUCUGACACGGCACUGCAACAAGAGUUGAAGACGAAGGUGAAUUGGGAGAUGUACAAGCUGACGUUGAGGAAGGAGAUGAUGCCGUCAUUACCACGUCGCUGUCACUCCCUCAUUGAAUCGGCGUCACAACAACAGAAUGUUGACCGGUCCAAGAGCGACAGUUACGUCAGAAGCAGCCAGUCGACUUUAGCUGGAUAUUAAAUUUAGUGUUGAAAAUCAAAAGCAAUCAUUCAAUUACAGGUGGAUAUUAAAAAACAGUUAUUCGGUUGUAGCUGGCUUUUGAAGACGGCCAUUUAGUUGUACAUGGAUAUUAAAAAUAGUCAUUUAGUUAUAGUAUAGUCGUUCAGCUGUAGGUGAAUAUUAAAAACAGACAUUCAGUUGUAGAUGAAUAUUAAAAACCGACAAUAAGUUGUAGAUGAAUAUUAAAAACACAUUCAGUUGUAGGUGAAUAUUAAAAACAGACAUUCAGUUGUAGAUGAACAUUAAAAACAGACAUUCAGUUGUAGGUGAAUAUUAAAAACAGACAAUCAGUUGUGGAUGGAUAUUAAACACAGACAUUCAGUUGUGGAUGAAUAUUAAAAACAGACAUUCAGCUGUCAAUGAAUAUU